AUGUUUAAAGCAAGCCCAUUCCCGCGCUCCCUCCCUUUCCGCCUCUUCUCCUCCCCUGCGCAACCUUCACGUCGUCUUCUCAGAUUCACCAACACCAUCUUUGGAUCUCAGCAUCAACACCUAAACAGCCACCGUACCUCCAGCUUCUCCCACAUCGCCUAUCAACGCGCACCACCAUCAUCGUCAUCGUCAUCGUCUACCCCUCCUUCUAUCAGACCCGACCGCAAGAUGGCUGAAAGCGACAUUGAGAAGUACCUCAAGCAGACGCACGACCGCGUCUUCGAGAACAACCGCAAAUGGGCCGAGGAGAAGAAGAAGCAGGAUCCCAACUUCUUCAUCAGCCUGUCCCAGGGCCAACAAAUCACCGGCCUCGAGCCCGGUGAAGCCUUCAUCCACCGCAACAUCGCCAACAUGGUCAAUAACAUUGACCUCAACGUCAUGAGUGUCAUUAACUAUGCCGCCGCCAUGACACCCAAGGAUCUCGGCCUGCUCAACCCCUGGCUGCGUAACAUCCGCGACGUCUACCGCCUGCACGAGGCCGAGCUCGACGCCAUCAAGGAGGAGGAUGCUCGCUACGAUCGACUCGUCGAGCUCAACGUUCUCGAGCAGUGCCGCAACGUCAUCAAGACGGCCGCUAUCCAGCAGUCGUACGCCAAGAACAAGUUCCCCAUUGUCCACGGCUGGGUCUUUGGCUUCAACGACGGUCUCCUCAAGGACCUGGAGAUUGAUCACGAGAAGAUGCUGCACGACGUUCAGAAGCUCUACCACCUCCCCGGUGCCGACUUCUAA